UCACUUUGGAUCAAACAGAGUUACCUGUCGUUCAGCCUGACUGUGUGAACUAUUUCAUCAGAUUAGGAGUGGGAAGGGGCAAAGCCUGGUAGUAAAGGGGGAAUUAUUUGCAGGUAUUUAUGUGGAUAUUUUUUCCUAGGACUUUAGGGAGAAGUGUGAUUGGUCGAGACACUACCUGUAUCCCUGAUUCUGCUUGUCGUUAACAUUGUCCGACUUGUCAUCAAUGGUUUGUUUUGAAGCAAUACCUUACUCUUUUAUUCCUUGACAGGAGAAUCUUUCAAAACCAUACUUUCUUUGUUUAUGUCUCAGACGAACGUGCUGAAAGGAGAGAGGUGAACAUAACAGCCCUGUAUGGAAAGUGUCAUUUCAGAUCUGGAGUAAAUGCUUCCCAGCCAGUUCCCCACGCACACUCUCACUUCCUCUGAAACGGAGGUCAGCACCUUCUUCCUGAUUGGAAUCCCAGGCCUGGAGCAUGUUCACCUAUGGUUCCCUGUUCCCACCUGCCUCAUGGACCGGGGCAUCCUUGGCAACUGCAGCAUCCUCUUUGUGAUCAGGACGGAGCCCUCAAUCCCUGCGCCCACGUGCCACCUCCUUUCCCUGCUGGCUGUCUCGGACCUGCGGCUGUCGCUCUCAUCCCGCCCCACUAUGCUGAGGAUCUUUGCUUUCAGUGCUACAGCAAUUCCUCCCAAUGCCUGCUUUGCUCAAGAAUUCUUUAUCCAUGGAGUCACAGAUCUGGAGUCCUCGGUGCUCCUGCUCAUGUCUUUGGACCGCUUUUUGGCCAUCCGUAACCCUCUGAGAUACAGCUCCAUCCUCACCAAUGCCAGAGUGGCCAAAACAGGCCUGGCAUUUCUCACUAAAAGCAUGCUCUUGGUGCUCCGAUUUCCUUUCACUCUUAAAAGAUGGACCUAUUGUAGGAAAAACCUACUCUCUCACUCUUACUGUCUCCAUCAGGAUGUCAUGAAGCUGGCCUGCUCUGACAACACGGUCAGCUUUUUCUAUGGUUUCUUGGCUGCCCUCUGUAUGAUGACAGACGGCGGGUUCACUGCUGUGUCCUGUGUGUUCAUCCUGCAGACAGUGAUGGGAACUGGAUCCCACAAGGAGCGGCUCAAGGCCCUCAACACCUGUGUCUCCCACAUCUGUGCCGUGCUCGUCUUCUAUGUGCCCAUCAUUGCUUUGGCCUCCAUGCACAGCUUUGGCAGGCACAAACCCCCGGGGGCCAUGAGCCUCAUCGCUGACAUUUUCUUGCUGGUGCCCCCUCUGAUGAACCCCAUUGUCUACUGUGUGAAGACACGGCAAAUUCGUGAGAAGGUUCUGGGAAAUUGGGUCUCAAAUAAAGGUAUGGGGAAGAGUCAGGGUCAGCCAGGGUCAGCCAGGGUCAGGGAAUCCAAUAAUACCUUUCUAAGCAACAUACUCGGGAGGGUUCAUUCUUAUCUUUCUUAAUCCUGCCUGUAAUCGGUACAACAUAAGGACUGGGCAUUGACGUUUGAAAGCUUAGGAAUGGCAUGGCCAUUGACAUAUGUGUGUAAGAUAGUUCUGUAAUAUUAUUAAAAGCUCAAAUCAAUACACAGAUGUGGAAUUUUACAUAUACUGUUCUAUAGCACAAGAAUGAGUACGCAUGGAAAUAGAGAUUACGCUCCCUUGUAGAGAACAGAUAUCACAGGUUCUAGAGGCUAAAGACAUUACCCCAAUCAGACUGUAUUUGUUGAGGGGACUUGAGUCAAUUUCAUAUGAAUUCUUGUUUUCCCAUUUAAGUGAGAAAGCCCAGUGUCAAGUAUGAGCUACUUAAGUAUUUUCUCCCUUUGCUCUUUUCUUAACAAUCAAAUAGAGGCAGCCAGUUUUUCUCUUGUACUUUAGGCUUCUAGUAGCCUUGAAUCAUGACCAUAAACUCUCUUAUAACCUUCUUUAAGACAUGCGAGGUUUUUUUUUCUUCUGCCUUACAACAGGGUUCCAAGUAGUCAUAGAUACUGAAAGGAGAACAGAGGGUUGAUUCCACUCUUGGUAAGAAAAAGAAAAGCUGGUAGCACAGUAAUUUUUAAAGCAUAGAUAUUCUUGAUUAAUCUGACAUGUAUGUUCAACAAUAAUAGUUCUCAUGCUUACUUAGGGACUUGAAUUUUGGUAUUUGACAUAUUCAGUGACACCAGACAAGCUAGAAAUGGUUUUAAACUAGCGGGAAAAAAAGUGACUAUAUAUUAAGCAAUACAGUCAUGCUUAUGCAUAUAUCAUUCCAUUUUUAAAAGAUAGAUAGCCAAAGAUGUUUAUUUAUCUCAAAUUAUUUCCUGUAAAAUUCAUUUGUUUCUUAUUCACUUUUUAUUCCUGAGUAUUAAGUAGGCGACAAAGUUGUAAAAAUUUAGACUAAGCCAGAGAACUCAACAAUUUAUGCUGAGAAGCAGAAGAAAAUUACUCAUAAUACAUUUCAGUAUUUUCCUUCUCCAGUAGAACUCACAAAUACUUUUAUUUAUGUUACAAAGAAUCAUUUUGAAGAAGUUGUUCUCUGAUGGCUAAAUAUUCACAUGGAUUAGUGGUGUGUCCAGGUGAGUUUACCUGGGUACUUAUUGUUCUGUAGAUGGCGUUGUCUUGAUGUCCACGGCUUAAUCAAGAAAAGGAGGGACACCUUUUGUACCUCCUCCCAGUUUAUAUUACUAAGUUGUUUCUCUGUGGCCCCUAAUAUUCUCCAAUGAUGUUAUUAUUAUUAGUUCACAUGUCUGUCUCUCUUACUCAUAUUUUAUUUCCUUGAAAUAACUGCAUACAUCAAAUUAAUUGGCUCAUCUCCAGUGCACUGUCUAUGCAUGACAUCUGGAUAGAACUCUGAUACAUUUCCCAACUCAGUCUGGGAAAAAAAAGCAAUCAGAACAACUACCAUAAAACUUUUUCGCAAAUCAGAGUAUGAUAAUAAAUUAUAAGCACAGAGACGAUCUGGAAUGAUGGAAAACUUACUGCCAAUACAUUUUAAGUCAAAGGGACUGCCCUAAAAGCAGCUCAUGUCCUGUUUAACCACAACAAAAACAAAAAAAAGAGCCAACACUUUUGUCAUGAAGGAGAAUAUUCAUUCUCUGGGCAGUUUUUGCCUUCGACUCAGAAAUUCAAAUCUUUACAAUGGCUCAAGUUGUAAGAUUUCUAAAAAGCCACUUCUCUGGGAGUUCCCAUCAUAGCGCAGCAGAAACGAAUCAGACUAGGAACCAUGAGGUUGUGGGUUCGCUCCCUGGCCUCGC